GUCCUGUGAUGAUGUUGAACUUGUGAACCGGCGUUGGUUGGCGUUUUGGUGUGACUUGAGUUUUUUUUGUGUUCUUUCUUUGUUCUUUAGUCAUAUCGCAAAUGAAGUAACUACGUUGCCAAGUGUGAGUUUCAUUAGUAUUUUGUUUUCUGUAGUGUAGUACCUAUUCACGUUGAAAGAACAAUGAUAAAAAACGAAAUGGAGAAUGGCGGCGGCGACGCUAAUUCCAAUGUGUCACCGACCAAACUCAUGGUCAAUUACAUACCCGAGUUGAUGACGCGGGACAUGAUGUACGCAUUGUUUUCUGCAAUGGGCAAAAUCGAGAGCUGUAAAUUAAUAGCCAAUAGAGGUUAUGGAUUCGUGGAAUAUGAAAAACACGAGGAUGCGGAGAAGGCGCGGGCUGCGUUCAACGGUUUGCUCAUGCAAGGAAAGACUUUAAAAGUGUCAUUCGCUCUACUAAAUCCAGAGAACAAAGUCAGUCACAAACCCGAUACCGAAUCGAACCUCUACAUAAGUAAUCUACCUCCUGAUAUGACGCUGGAGCGUUUAAAUAGUCUCUUUAGUCAAUUUGGAAAUAUAACUAACAGUCGUGUAUCACAAGGCAUCGGUUUUGUGUGUUACGAAAGUCGACCGCAAGCUGAAGAAGCUAUCAAACACAUGAAUGGACAGACACCCAUACCUGCAGCAGGCCCCAUAGUUGUGAAGUUCGCCAACAAACCGAACGCUAACAAAAAUGCUCCACGUCCCACACCACGGGUUGGUGUAGGUGCCACUCCAUUAGCUUACAAUGGAGCUGCUGCUGUCUUUAAUGGAACCACACCUUCCGCAUUUAAUGGCACGAAUUUAAGUGCAGCUUUUGGUACGAGACCUGCAACAUUCGCUCCUGGCUUUCCCCAAGCUUCACCACCACCACUCCUGCCAUCACCGGGUAAGGCCCUUCCGUUUAUAAACAAGGGUCAGCAACGGUUCAAUCCCAUGGCGGCUGCCAAUCACACACCUCUGCCUCUCCUAGGUGCGCCUGCGAGCCCUGUACCGCUAUUGGGCGCGCCUCCAGCACCACACCAAACAACUGUGUAUGUAUACAACAUAGGUGAAGAUACUGAAGAACUGGCACUUUGGCAACUCUUUGGGCCAUAUGGUGCCAUUGACUCUAUAAAAGUGAUCAAGGAUCCUGAAACUAAGAAAAACAAAGGUUUUGCAUUUGUCAAUAUGAGGGAAUAUGAUGAGGCUGCAAUGGCUAUACAGGCGCUCAAUGGAUAUACGCUCAAUGGACAGGUUCUAUCAGUUAGCUUUAAGACACAGAAAAGAAAUAAUUAGGAUGUGUACGGACGUUUUAAACGCCGUCUUAUUUGUGAUUGUUCCCAGGCCGAAAGCUUAAAAAGAAAGAUUUCAUUCCAAUCUCAAAAUAUUUUUGUAGUCGAGAAGCGAGAUCCUCUAUGUGCAUUUUAAAUUAGUCGCAUAAGUAUUUUUAUAAGAUUUAACAUAGUUUUAUAUUCGCGAGAGAGCGACAUGACUAUCUGUGAGUUUAGUUGGCUUGACAGUAUCAUAUAUGUGUACCCACUCUAUCAUAUGAUAUGGUAUUAUAUUAUUGGACUUAUGGACCUGUCGCACUAUGUAUAUCUGAACACGGUGGGGGUUUGGGCCGCCCCGCCUCUGCUAGUUGCGUGCCCGGGCUCCCAUCAUUAUCCUCCAGGUAUUUUAUUUUGUGUAAAACAAAGCAUUGUAUGUUUUUAAUCUUUAAUAAAUUUCAUGUUUAAAUACAUUUAUUG